AUGGGGGUUCCUUCCUGGGACGACAUCGUUUUGAUCGAACACGGGAAGAAUCCCGGCGACCCGACUGUUGUCACGGUCAACUGCCCCGAUAAGGCUGGUCUUGGGUGUGACCUCUGUGGGAUUGUUCUCGAGUUUGGACUCUAUGUCACCCGAGGAGAUUUCACUACUGAUGGGAAAUGGUGUUACAUUGUGCUGUGGGUUGUUCCCCGUCCAAGCUCUAUAAAAAUUGAUUGGGAUAGCUUGAAAAACCGGCUUCUAUCUGCUUGCCCAUCAUGUAUGAUUUCUUUUUACUUAAAUCAACAAACCGGUCCUUCGCCUCCUCCCGCAGUGUACCUUCUGAAGGUUUUUUGCUUGGAUAGGAAGGGACUCUUACAUGAUGUUACAAAACUCCUCUGUGAACUCGAACUAACCAUUCAAAGAGUUAAAGUUAUGACAACUCCAGAUGACAAAGUAUUAGACCUUUUCUUCAUCACUGACACCAUGAAUUUGUUGCACACUCCAGAAAGACGGACUGAAACAUGCAGGCAUCUGGAACUUGUUUUAGGCAAUUAUUGUAUCAGUUGUGAAAUUGCACUAGCUGGGCCUGAAUACGUCGGUCAGCAGGAAAUCUCUUCUUUACCGCCAGAAGUUAUGGAAGAUUUAUUCAGUUGUAAUUUGUCCAACAAAGAGUCUUCUUCAGAGGGUGUCACUUCCAGCAUGGCAAGAGCAAGAAAAAGCACAGUGACAGUGGAUAAUACAUUGAGCCCAGUGCAUACUUUGCUUCAAAUACAAUGCAGUGAUCAGAAGGGCCUCAUCUAUGACAUUUUGAGGACGUCCAAGGAUUUUGAUAUUCAGAUUUCUUAUGGAAGAAUUUCUACUAGUGCCAAAGGACAAAGAAACAUGGACCUGUUUGUUCAGAAAAAAGAUGGCAAAAAGAUUUUAGAUCAUGAGGAUCAGGUUGCUUUAUGUUCUCGCCUAAAGGAAGAGAUGCUUCAUCCAUUAAGAGUCACCAUUACCAGCCGAGGGCCUGAGACAGAACUCCUGGUUGCUAAUCCUGUCGAAUUAUCUGGAAAAGGAAGGCCUCGUGUUUUUUAUGAUGUUACAGUUGCUCUUAAAGCACUUGGAAUCUGCAUAUUCUCGGCUAAGAUUAAUCGGCAUUCGACGCCUGAUAGGCAGUGGGAAGUAUACAGAUUUCUUUUGGAAGAGAGCAGAAAAUUCCCAUUAGCCAGCAGGCGAGCUCGAAAUGAGAUAGUAGAGAAAGUCAAAGGAACACUAAUGGGCUGGUUAUAA